AUGGAAUUUCAGAUUUCAAUAUGGUGCUCACUGCAGCUGAAAAAAAUGCGCCGUUAUCGCCAAAAAAUUAAAGAUAAUCCCCAAAAAUAUGAACAACAGAAGAAAAAAGACCUACAACGCAUAAAAACUAAAAGAAAGAAAAUAUCACAACUCGAUGAUGCCGAUAAAGAUAAAAUAAGAAAACAAUGGCGAGAUCAAAAAAAGAGGCAAAGAAAAAAUAAAAAAAUAAACAAAAGUAAUGAGAACCAAGAUAAAGACAACGAAAACAUUGAUAGGGAUGGAGUAUCAUUCAGGGAAAAUUCGCUCAGCAGAAAAAGUCGAGAGUCAGAUUCGAGUUUAAAGUCAAAAUUGAAAUACAUGAAAAAAAAGUGUUACAUAUUAUUAAAAAAAAUUGAACAAUCUCAAAAAAACGAACAAUCACUGCAAAGAAUAAAAGAGAGGUUGAAAAAAAGAUUGUAUAGACAAAAAAAUGCCAGUGAAACUAUAAUUAAAAACCUGAAACUCACUAUCGAUAAUAUGAAAGCGCGCGAAGAAAUUUUAGAAGCUGCUUUAAAAAAGACGUAUAAGAAUUGCAAGAAACAAGCAGAAAAGAGAGUACUGAAAGGGAUAGUAGAAAACGCUGAAGUAAAAACUUUCGUAGCUAAAUUAAUGGGUUUAUCAGGAAGAACCAAAGACUUGGGAUGUUUUUGUGGGUCACAAAGGGGUUUAUGUUCAUGUUACGAACCAAAAAUCCACAAAUUCGAAUGUCCUACGACAGAAAAUAGAGGCAUUGAAGCAGCUGAUACAUUAGGUGAUAUUGAACCAUCAGAUUUAAUGAAUGUGGAUGUUGAGAUAAACCUUGAGGAACUGUCAGCGAUGAAUGAUGUAAACUUUUCAUCAAUUGGUGAUCUCACAAAGCCAAACCAAACUAACUCAGCGCUUGAAAAUGUGGACGAGGACUUUUCUUUCAUUGGAGAUUCUUCGAAACCAAAUACUAUCAAAGCCAACUCAUCGAUGGACGAGGUAAAUAGUUGUUCAAACGGAAACACUGGUAAGCCCAAUAUUAGCCAAGGCGAUUCAGCGAUGGAUGACGUGGACUUCCUUUCUGUCGGAAAGGUCAAAACGCAAAACAAUGGUGACAUUGUUAUUGAAGUCGUGGACAACACAAAGACUGCAAAAGAUAAGAUGAGCGUUAAAGAGUCAACAGUGAUGGAUUAUCUGAACAUUUCAUACACAAAUUCUACAGCUGAUAAUAAGCCGAAUGUUUUCAAAACUGACUUGGUAAAUGACAUUCAAAUGUUGGACCAAAAUACCACCAAUGAUGAGAUUAUUGUAGAGGAAACAACUGUAAUGGAACGUCCACAUAUUUCCCCUACACAUCCCGCGGAUUACACACAGACAAAUGCAGUUAGCCAAGCCGAUUCAUUUAAAGAGAAUUUAAGUACUAUGAGGAAGAUCCCAUGUAUUGUCGACCUAACCAUUCAUCCUUUGGAGAUGAAACUUACUUAUAAGCCUAAAAAAAGGUCUAGCAGCAGCGUGUUAUGUGUUUCGCAACCAAAAGUGAAGAAAAGUAUUGAAGAAGAAAUAAACUCGAAAAAUAACAGCAAACCAUGCACUUCAAAAAGCUUGCGAAAAAGUACAGUUUCUAUUUUGAGUAAUGUUUCUGUUGAUUUAAAAUCUAAAACCGAACAAACGAGAUUACCGAAACAAUCAAAAGGAUUAAAGAUGAUUGUGAAACGCGCAUUUACAUGUUACAGUUGCAAUGGUCCUCUCCUCUCGAAUUGCAUUACUAAAUGGGCAACAGAUUUUAAGAGCUCUACCUUAGAAGAGAAAGUCAAAAAAGCAGAACUUAUUUUUUGUGCUAUGCUAGUGGAAUACAAUUUACCGUUUCUAUUAAUGGAUCAUUUGAGCGAAAUUAUCUCAAAAUGCUUUCACGAUUCUGAAAUUGCCAAGUCAUUUUCCUGCAAGAGAAUUAAGCAGCAGCGGCAACCUAUAAUUUUUAAGCCAGAUCUAGAAGCAGAGAUGCUUGCCGAUUUAAAAUCAUGUAAAAACAUAAAAAAUCGUACACCAAUAUUUUCCUUGGCUAUAGGUGAGACCACAGAUGUUACAACCACAUUAACGCUUGCAGUUGUUACCAAAUAUUAUUCCGAAAACUGCUUCAGAUAA